AUGAAGUUCUUCUGUCCUCUUCCUCAGCGGUUUGCCGUCAUCCAGAUGGAUCCGGUGGGGAUGGUUAAGCACUAUGACGACCCGAUCGCAUUGGCUGCAGCACAAGCCAUGAAGCCCAAGAAGUAUCUUGUAUAUCUUCGCACUGCUCAAGACAUGUCUACACCACAGAAGCCGUGGUUCCGCUACGAAGUAUCCCCCAUUGCUACCACGCUACGUUUCGAGGAACCAGAAGAGGGCAUCACCUCCGACAUGGUCAUACCAAUCUACCCCAAUACCGCUCACCCCGCAGGACGCCCUCCCAUCUCGCCCGAAUCCCCUUUUCCAUUUCCGAACUGCUACUUCUGGAUCAUGAACAACCUCACAGUCCGCAUACGCCGCAAAGCGAUCAGAUACGACGAUUCGUGCGCGCCCAUACUCAGCGUACCAGAGUCGAUGACCAUCGAGAGCCGUUUCAUGCCGGACUAUAGGCGUAUAAACGCCUUUUUGCGCGAAAAGCGUGGUCCGGCAGGCAACGUGGACGGGUAUGGCGAUGACUCAGGACAGAGUGAUCCCCCAUCACCACCGUUGGGCUAUGUUGCGGAAGAUCGAGCUCCCUCGGAAACUGACCGUCAUCGUAUAGUCAAUGACGACGCCGAUUCCCUCCUGGAAGGCAGCGACCUUCAUGAGGAUUCAGAUCCUGACGAUAUACCCACCACUCCGGGCGAUGACGAUCCCCCCAUUCGUGGUGACCUCGCACUCAUCAUGGAGAUGGAUAUCUUCGGGCACAACGUGGACCACACCGCCGAGUUCCUCCCGUUGGUGGACUUGUGGUUUGAGGUCGCGGACCAUCUCACCGCCGAGACGAUCCCGAGCCCUGUUGAGCUGUACAAGGAGCGGGACAUGAUAAUGCAGUAG